GCUGAUGUAUGACAUGCAAGUGUCAAGCAAAUUGUGUUCCUUGAUGUCAAAGACAUCAGUCUAGUAUGUUGACAUUUGUCCAAGUAGUUUUUUGUUGUUCUUUUUUAUCUGUUGAAAUUACAUGAUGAGGGACUAUGAAGAAAUCGUUGCAUUUCUUGGCGAAUGGGGACCUUUUCAAAGACUUAUUUAUGUCCUUCUCAGUCUCAGUGCUAUCCCCAAUGGAUACGUGGGAAUGGCCAUGGUUUUCCUGGCUGAUAUUCCUCCUCACCACUGCAGGCUUCCAUUCCUGAACAGUAGCAGCUAUGGAGGACCGGGCUACAAUCUGUCCCUCCCGACCGAGGAGGUGAAAGGAGAGGUCACCCUGAGUCGCUGCAGACGCUAUGCGGAACAGGGGGCUUUGGAUGCCGGGUCUAACCAAAGCACAGAGCACUGUCUGGAUGGCUGGGUGUUCAGCAAGGAGAGAUACAUGUCCACCAUUGUGACUGAGUGGAAUCUGGUGUGUGAUGAUGCUUGGAAAGCUCCUUUUACCUUAACUGUGUUCUUCUUCGGAGUGCUGGCAGGAUCCUUUUGUUCCGGAAUCAUUUCAGACAGGUAUGGUCGGAAGCACACCUUCCUUGUCACUAUGGUAUUGCAGACUCUCUCUAGUUUGCUGCAGUCUACCUCCAACAGCUACGAAAUGUUCUGUGUGCUUUACUUUGUGACUGGGAUGGCAUACGUCUCCAAUUACUGUGCAGCCUUUGUGCUUGGCGCAGAGCUCCUCAGUAAGUCAGCUCGCAUGAGCUUUGGGAUUCUGGGAGUCUGUUCAUGUUUUGCUGCUGGCUAUGCCAUUCUGCCACUCUUCGCUUACUUCAUCCGAAGCUGGAGGACACUGCUAUUAGUGUUGUCUAUGGUGGGAUUUCUUUACAUUCCUCUCUGGUGGUUUAUACCGGAGUCUCCUCGCUGGCUGAUCACUCAGGGUCGGUUUCAGGAGGCUGAGGCCAUCAUUCGAGCUGCUGCCAAGAAGAACGGCAUCACUCCUCCUGCGGACAUCUUCCAGCUGGAGCCCAAUGCUGACGCAAAGACAACCGAGAAUGACACAGGCGGUCAGAACAAGUACACAUGGUUGGACCUGCUAAGAACAGAAAAUUUAAGGAACAUCACAAUUAUGAACGUCAUCAUUUGGAUCACACUAACCAUGAGUUAUUAUGGACUGUCCUUUAACACCUCCAAUUUGGAUGGAGAUCCAUAUAUCAACUGCCUUUUUGCUGCCAGCACUGAGUUUGCUGGCUACAUCUUCGUGUGGUUCACCACGCGCUACGCUCCACGUCGUUUCACCCUGCCAUUCACUCUUCUUGUUGGUGGGACUGUGUUGUUGCUCAUCACAUUUGUUCCGGAAGAGCUCAGUGCCUUGACGGUCACUCUGGCGAUGACGGGAAAACUGGUUGUGACCGGGGCCUAUGCAUUUGUUUACUUCUACACCAUGGAGCUGUUCCCCACUGUAGUGAGGAACAUGGGGCUGGGCGUCACCUCAAUGGCUGCCCGGAUUGGCAGCAUAGUCUCUCCAUAUAUAGCUUAUAUUGGGACUUAUCAUAAAACAGCACCCUAUAUUCUUAUGGGUAGUAUCUCCUUGGUAUCUGGUGUGUUAAGCCUUUCAUUACCAGAGACAAAAGAUGAGAAACUUCCGGAAUUCCUCAGUCAAGUUAAACAACUCAGAUGGUUUUGGCAGAUAAAGAAGCCGGCAGAUAAGGACUGCCAAGAGGUGCAUAUUGAGGAAUGAAGUAGAUGUGGAACUUCAUUAAAUAGGCUACUGAAUUGUGACAUUUUAUUUUCUUCAAAGUAUUGAAAUGUGCAUCUGUGGAUGCAAGUCUAAAGCUGAUGAUACGUGGGGCAGCUUUUUGAGCAAUGUGGCAAUGUUCCUCAUUAUUGUGGUUCUGCCAUGUUCCCAUUGAUAUUGGGCAAUGUUCCUCAUUAUUGUGGUUCUUCUGCUAUGCUCCCAUUGAUAUUGGGCAGCAAUUUCUUUUCUGGAGAACUUUAAUCAUCAGUAGGCAAAUCAUGAUGAUCAUCCAAUCAGAAUAAAUGGAACUGGGUGUGUGGUUGCCCAG